CGAGUUUAAGCAUUACCAAAUCCGUAGUCCCGUUUCAGGCUUCAUGGGUUAGUUAUAGGGUGAACCUGCUUUACAUCAAAAAUGGAUAAACUUUUGACACAAAUUGAGCUCUUCUGCAUUUUGCUAGUAGCUGUCAGUGGUCACGAGAAUAGAAACGGGAAUUUUAAUGGGAAUUUCACGCGAAUACCUCGUCAAAUUAACGGCUGCGCAUUACCAAAUCAGCCAAAAUUUGGGCGAUGGACUAGCUAUCGAUCAGUUGCCUCGUCAUCUCCUGGUGAUAUUGUACCUUUAGGCACAAUUCUUGAAGUGAGUUGUACCGAUAAUUAUAAAUUGAAUGGUGAUGAGACAAUUGCUUGUCUUCGUGGGGAAUGGAAACCUCAAAUCGGAAAAUGUUUGCGCACUUGUCCCUCCAUAUACAGCACAGCGGCUAUGACAGUCAGCUGUACGUACGACGGGAAAAUCCUAAAAUCUUGUAGAGAUCCUUUGGCUGGUACAAGAGCAAGAUUUCAGUGUGCUCGAUUUUAUGAAACCCAAGGACUGAAUAAGUUUCCAGUGCGAGUAUGCUCCAAUGGGCAGUGGAGUAGUGGCCUGCCAGAAUGUGUACCAGUGUGCGGAAAAAAAGGAAUCACAAAAGAUCCCACGCUGAUUGUUGGAGGUAUCAAUACUACAUCUUUAGAGUAUCCCUGGCAAGUGGCUUUGUAUACAAAGAAUACGAAAACCUUAAUCUGUGCAGGCACGUUACUAAAUCAAAAGACAAUCGUAACAGCUGCCCAUUGUAUAACAGAUCUAAAUGGUAAACUACAGUCAAAAGAACUCUAUAUUGUAGCCGUUGGAAAAACCUAUCGAGAAUACAACGACUCAAGAGACACCAAAAGCCAGUUUUCUUCUAUACAGGAGAUGUACAUUCCUAGACAAUACAAAGGAGACAUUCGACGUUAUUUUGGCGACAUCGCAGUCCUAAUCACUACUAAAACCUUCGCUCUUUCGACAAACGUUCAACCGAUUUGUGUCGUUUGGGAAAAAAGUUUUCACCAGUCACUUGAAAAUCCGGCUCGAAUCAAGCAUGCUUACGUAAACGGCUGGGGCUUCACUGCUGAAAACAAAGAUCCUUCAGAUGUUCUUAAAACAUUGGCAGUCCCUCUUAUAACUAAUAGUGAAUGUGAACAAAAAUUGGGUCAAGAUGAUAUACAGUAUCUGGCUGAUGAUAAAUUAUGUGCUGGUUUCUUAGAUUCUGGUAUGUCUGUAUGUAAAGGUGAUAGCGGUGGAGGCCUGGUUUCCAAAUAUGAUGACAGGUACUACAUCAUAGCAGUUGUCAGUCUUGCUCCACAAGCACCCUCUGCUGAAGGUGGAUGCAAUAGUCAAACAUAUGGUUUAUAUACCAGUUUUUCGUAUUACAUUGAAGACUUUAUAAUCGACAUAGAAGCUAGAUUUAGACCCUACCACCAUGUACACUGCCCUGACAAUAAUUGUCUGGUUUCUUCAUCGCAACUGUCAACAACUGCCAGAACAGUAACAUUUACAGGUUGUACGUUACCCAACUAUCCCGAACAUGGUAGGUGGAUCAUUUAUGGAUCAUCAUCAAACCAGUUUUUACCAGGAAACAUAGUAGCACCAAAUACUGUUUUAAAAAUAGAAUGCAGGAGAUACUACACUCUCACUGGGGACAAAUUCGUCAUUUGUGAUAAUGGACACUGGUUGUCUGGAAUUGGACUUUGUUUACCAAUUGUCGGAUCAACACAGUCACCACCACUAAACAGAAGCACAUGUGGUAUUUCACCUUUAGGCGACAAACAGUUAGUCAUAGACCCUAAUCCAUCAUCAAUCAAGUACCCAUGGUUAGCCGCAAUAUAUAGGGUUACCGAUAUAGGUGUAGAGUACAGAUGCGCUGGAUCUUUGAUAUCUAAUAAACACGUAGUAAUCGCCGCCCACUGCCUGUAUUCAAAAGGUAGCAGCAUCUCUCCCGAAAAUCUUAUAGUUAAGUUGGGCAAGCUCACACUUACGGAAGAUGGCACAAUAAUAAGGAAAGUGGACAAAGUUACAACUCAUCCAAACUACGCACCUAGUAGCCCUAACGCUGAUAUAGCAGUCGUGGAAUUAUCUAAAGUCACUGAGAUUUCGAAUUAUGUUCGACCCGUAUGUAUUGGCUCGGGUGAUGAUCUUGACAAAAUUGUUGGACAACGUGGUAUAGUAGUUACCUGGCGUGACUCUGAAAAUGGUAGUGUGAGUAAUAAACCUAGAGAAGUUAGGAUGACCAUAGUAAGUCAAGAAAUGUGUUUGAGGUCGUCAGUGGUCUUCACAGAGAUAACAUCAGACACAAUUUUUUGUGCUGGUGACCGAGACAGUCCCAGUUUUUGCCCAUUUUCUGGAGAUGGUCUCGUAAUAAAACGCAACGGGUUAUGGACUCUUGCAGGAAUAACAUCAUUUGCUGUAUAUGAUAGUGUUAAAAAACGAUGUGAUUUGUCGGAGUAUGUUGUUUUUACAAAUGUCAACAAAUUCGAGGGUUGGUUGUCAUCAAUUAUUAAUGAAUAA